AUGGAAUCAACACCAAGAACCAAAAAUAUCAAUAUCAAGUGUGAUUCUUCAAAAUCUGAUUGGACCUGGAAAUGGUUGGAGUUAUGGAAGUCUAUUUUAUCAGUGAGCAAUGAAGAGAUACUGGAAUCGGGAUUAGCUGCAAAGCAGCAGAAGGAAAACAGUGGAUGUUCUGUUGCUCAAGUGGAAAUUGCAGUACCAUCUGAAAAAAACUUAGACCUCCAAGCUAACAAAUCAACCCCACCUUCAUCGAGUCAUAUAUGUGAGCAGUCUCAGUCCCAGAACAUCGAUGAAUCUAAUUCAAGAUACAAUACACCAGAGUCACUUCCUAUUCAGGCUAAAGAAUCAGAUUUGAUUUCGGAAGUGGAACACAAAUCUGUUCCAGGUAAGGCUGAAACAGAAAAUGAAGAUAUGCUCGCUGCAAAAAGGUUCCCCUCGGAGCAACCUGAAACUGAUGUAAAGAGUUAUCAUUCAGUUCAAGGAAGGGAGAUGGACUUGGCUGAGAAUUCUGUUUCGCAUGCUUCAGUGGUUCAAAUUGCUGGCUCUCAAUGUUGGACUGAACUUUCCAUUUCUUCUACUCUUGAUUCACCAGAUAGGUCUGAGGUUGGAGCCAUUGAAUUUGAACAGGGACAGAAAGUUUCCGAGGGGACUGAGCAUACAAAAAUUAACGAGAUUGUGGAAAUUGAAACUAAUGGCAAGUCAAGUAUUCCAGCUACUGAUUUAUCAUAUACCAAAUCAGAUCAGCUGGAGAGGCUUGACAAUGCUAAACAUGCUAAUGGCGAAAGUGAUAAUUCCAUGAAUGCUGCUGAUUCAUCACAGGCAAAAGAGAAACCAGAUACAGAUCCAAUUGACGUGCAGCUGGAGCUGGAAUCCGAGGCUUGCCAACCUGCAGCAUACAAGUCAUCGCCUGAAGCUUCUCCUUGA